CCUCCUAUUUGAAGUGUUGCACUGCGGAGAUCAGAGAUCCCGAGGGAGAGAAGAACCCAUCAAAUCCCCCUCAGGAGCUAUUUUUCAGGAGGAUCCCUGAAGAAAAACAAAGAAUGAAGCUUUCUGUUUUUUAUGACGGAGAUCAAACAGCGGUUGAACCACCAAAUCAAGAGAGUCUGGUGUCCUUCGAGGAGGUGGCUAUGUAUUUCUCUGAGGAGGAAUGGUCUCAGCUGGAUCCUGACCAGAAAGCGUUGCAUUUGGAAGUCAUGCUUGAAAACCAUAGGAACGUGGUCUCUCUGGGUAUUAAUGGGCAGAAGAAUCAAGAUUCCCGUGAACUGUUCCAAGUGAUCAGUGCUAAAGAUGGAACAGAAAAAUUUGGAAUUCAAAUGGAAUUUGAAAGCAAUGAGAGAAACCAGUCAAAGAAUUGGAAUCAGGAGAGUUCAUCUUCCACCGAUGCUCCAAUGCCAAACUUUCAUGCCCAACAGGAGAAAAUAAGGAAAAAAUGUACUACAAAAAGUGUGCAACUAAUCAAACCUAAAGUACAAGUAAAUGAACACUAUUUAACCCAAAACAAAGGAGAAGAUGCUCUAAGAGGACACAACGGACAAAAUUACAAUGGGACAUUCAUUCUUUUUCUUGGGAAUAUCUUCCUUACACCUCAAAAAGCGGUUGACACAAAAGAGAAGCCUUAUAAAUGUUUGGAAUGUGGAAAAUGUUUUAGCAAAAACGGGCAUCUUACUAUCCAUAAAAGGAUCCACACAGGUGAGAAACCAUAUAAAUGCAUAGAGUGUGGAAAGACCUUUGCUCAUAGCACCACACUUACUAUGCAUAAGAGGAUCCACACAGGGGAGAAACCAUAUGAAUGCAUGGAGUGUGGAAAGACGUUUGCUCAGAGCAGAAGGCUUACUAACCACAAAAAGCUCCACUCAGGAGAGAAACCAUAUAAAUGCAUGGAGUGUGGAAAGACCUUUGCUCAGAACAGUACACUUACUAUCCACAAGAAGAUCCACACAGGAGAAAAUCCAUUUAAAUGCAGGGAGUGUGGAAAGACCUUUGCUCAAAGAGCUCAUCUUAUUCGCCAUGAGAUGAUCCACACAGGGGAGAAGCCGUAUAAAUGUACGGAGUGUGGAAAGACCUUUGCUCAUAGCAGUACACUUACUAUCCAUAAAAGGAUCCACACAGGGGAGAAACCAUAUAAAUGCAUGGAGUGUGGAAAGACUUUUGCUCUGAGCAGUAGACUUACUAUCCACAAAAAGAUCCACAUGGGGAAAAAGCCAUUUGAAUGCACGGAGUGUGGAAAGACCUUUGUUCAUAGUUAUAAUCUUAUUUCUCAUAAGGUGAUCCACACAGGGGAGAAGCCAUAUAAAUGCAUGGAGUGUGGAAAGACAUUUGCUCAGAGCAGCGGACUUAGAAGCCACAAAAACAUCCACUCAGGAGAGAAACCAUAUAAAUGCAUGGAGUGUGGAAAGACCUUUGCUUAUAGCAGUGGCCUUAGCAGCCACAAAAAGCUCCACACAGGAGAGAAACCAUUUAAAUGCAUGGAAUGUGGAAAGACCUUUGCUCAAAGAGGUAAUCUUAUUUCCCAUAAGAUGAUCCACACAGGGGAGAAGCCGUAUAAAUGUAUGGAGUGUGAAAAGACAUUUACUCAUGGCAGUGGACUAAGAAGCCACAAAAAGGUCCACUCAGGAGAGAAACCAUAUAAAUGCAUGGACUGUGGAAAGUUGUUUGCUCAGAGCAGUGGACUUAGAAACCACAAAAAGAUCCACUCAGAGGGCUUCUGAUUGAUGUUGUGGUGCUAUUGGACGCAAAAAGUGGGGAUCCGCAAACCCAUGCCAAAUUCCUUCGUUGGAGGGCCCCAUAAAGAGUGGGGUGGUGCCCACUCAGGUCGUGGAGAGCCGAAGCUCUCCUGGUUGAUCCAGGGCUAAUUCCGUAUCAUCUGAUGAGGCGGAUGAGAGGUAGCCAUUAUGGCUGCCGUGAAGUUGGGCAGCCAAAGAAACAAAGAAUGUGCUGGAGCAGUGUCUGAACAGUGACUGGAACUGGGUGAGAUGACUUUUUUAUUAUCUAAGAUCAAUCCUAAAGAAAAUAAACUCUGGAAGAAGGACUCUUUGAAGAGUUUGUUUAAGCGGAGAAAAAUUACAGACCCCCAAAGCACAAAAUGUUUAAAAUCAUAAAAAGUUUUGAUCACUAACAUUUUAAAAUGCUAGAACUAUUUGUUAGAAUUUUGAUUAUUUUUUUGAAUAAAUGCAACAACUUGUUAGAAUUUAUACAACAUUGAAGUUAAGCGGAAAGCGCCAUCUACUUUGGAAUGGAAUACAUUAUACUCUUUUAAUCCUGGGAAAAUACUGAUAAAACAGAAGAGAAAGUGGAAACAAGACCUAGAGAACCGCUGAGCUAUCUAUUGUUUUAUAUUUAACUAAUCCGUGACUCCUGGAGCUCAAAUGGUAAAAAUACGGAAGACAUCUAUGUAAAAUGACUUUCAAAUAUCAGGAGUAAGGAUUGAAUUUAUAGAGGGGACUUAAGACAUUUGGAAAUUUUCCUGAAUUACCAAAAAGAGCUAAAUUGACUAUUUGUGGGAUAUAAAGAAGUAUAUUACUAUAUUCCCGGAGGAGCAACAAUAGGGCUGAGUAAAUGAUUUCCAGAUUGAGUGUCUGAGGACAAAGAUAAUUGAGACUCGGUGGCAGUGAUAGACCAGUGACAGACUACUGAGCCAUAUUUAGACAUGUAAAAAAAAUAAGGCAAGGGGGAAAUUAGUGGGUUAUCACUAAAAAGAAUUGGUGGCGAUGUUCCAAAGAAUUUCUGAUUCUAUAACUGCGAUGGCAAACCAAUGGCAGGCAUGCCAGAGGUGGCACAGAGAGUUCUUUCUGUGGGCACAUGUGCUGUCUCCAGCUGAUCUGCCAGUCAGCUGGUCUGCACAUGUGCUGGAGUGCCGGAAACCCGAAGAUCAGCUGGCCAGUGCCCAUGUAUGUGCCGGUCACCUGAUCUUUGUGUUUCCAACACACGCAAAGACCAGCUGGCCUGCAUGCAUGUAUGUGCCAGAAACCUGGAAAAAAAACAGCCAACUGGUCUUGGAGUUUCCGGGGCUCUGCCCGCACACAUUCAGGUUUGGGCUGAAAAGGUUUGGCAUCGCUGUUCUAUGACAAGGAAUCAUAGGGAGAUAAUGGAUUUGGCGAAUAAUAUAAAUGAGAAGCUACAAAGUGAUUCAGAAGGGGUAAUGAAUGAAUGAAAGAAAUAAAAAUUAAUGAAGCAAUUCAUGGAAAGUACAUGCUAAAAGGCCAAAAAAAUAAUUUUGGACAAACAGCAAGAUAUUUUUGAAAAGAAAAUGAAGAGUUGGGCAGAUCCUCUGGAGGCUUGGCAGCGAAAGAUAGUAGAGAUGGAAGAAAUACUUAAGUAAAACAGGAAAGAUUUAGAUUGAGAAGAUCCAAGGCAGGUCAUUUGGUAAGCAGGUCAAAUGAAUAAGAAUUGAAAUAUUAAAACAGGCAAGAGAUGAUGAAUAGAGGAAAUGUUUUGUAACACAAGAUUGAUAUUAUUAGGAGCCAAAAUAGAGGCAGACACAAGAAAUAGGAGGAAUAAUAAUAUAGACAAAUAUAAAGAUUAGAUGUUGAAAGAUGGUGACACUAUGUUUUAAUGAUAUUCCUAUUGUUAUUAGAAUGGGAAAUUAAAAUGUUGAACAAUUAAAUAAUGGUCUAUAUUUUAACAAAUAUGUAUAACGUUACAAUUAUAUAAGUAUGACAAAUAACAAUGAUAUCACUACUACUUAUAUUUAAAGAAAUGAUACCCAGAUGCCUCACUGUUCAUGUGUUGAUAUUGAUGUGUAUUUAAAAAUAAUUUUAAAAAAGAUCCACUCAGGAGAGAAGCAAUUUACAGUAAAUGCAUGGAGUGUGGAAAGACGUUUGCUCAAACACUGCAGAAACUAUGUCUCAUGUUUCAUCCAGACUUUAACACCAAUAACACUUUUUGAGAUUCAGGAAACUGCAUUCCACAUUGUUCUAACGCUACAAAGUUUGCAAGAGUACAAAAUGCUGUUCCACAGAUUCUCCGGAUUGUAGAUGGGCUCUGAAUAUUUUUCUUGAUAAUUGCAUAAGAUUGCAUGCAGACACGCCCACAUGCACACUUCUUAACUUCAGCCAAACCUCCUUUAAAUCAGCUACAUUCAAAAAUUGUUCAUCUUCUAAAGAUUCUAAAGUCUCCAAAACAAGGGAAUUUGCUUAAAUUGAGUGUAUGUUUCUGAGGAAUAAUGGAAUAAUAAUUGAAAGGGACUUUGGAGGUCUUCUAGUCCAACCCCCUGCUCAGCAGGAAAACUGAAAAUGCCAAAAUCUGAGUGGAAGGCCUGGGGAAUGUGUUCAGAAGAACGUUUAGAAGGGACUUUGGGG